AUGACGGGAGCUUUUUGGAAUUAUUUAAGCAAAUGCAAGGUACUCAGCUAACGGUGUUCAUUUUUCGGUCUUAGCGGAGCAAGAACGUGUUAAUAUUGAGUCAGUGUCUCAGAGUAUGCCUGUGGUAAUUUAACAUACCCAUAUCAAACUUUUUUCUACAGGUCAAAAGUGAGCGGCGAUCUGAAGCAGAACAGUAAGUUGGUUGUCUAUGAUUAUCUUUUUAGAAUGCCUCCUGAAGAUGAUUUGCCAUCAGGUAGCGAAAUUAGUUGAUGCGUUGCUACUCAAUCUGCACCAUUGCCUGAGUUUACACAUGUCUUUCCAGUUCCUCCUCCUGAUAAUCAGCAGGUCCUAAUCGCUAUCGAAAGUCUUGUUAUGAGAGUCGCGGGUCUAACUCCAGAGCUGGGAAGGAUGGAAAUUGCAAAAUUUGAGGACAGUAUACAAUACUGGUUCGUUUUCUCGACCCAUGCUUAUUUUUUUAGGUUUCUGACCCUUCCUGAGACAGAUGAGUACAAAUUUUUCCAGAAGCGGCUUCUUGAAGUAAGGAAAAAACGCAAGCCGCAGUCAAAAAAAUGUAUGUCUUCCCGUCUGCGUGCGUGCGCAUUUAUGAAUUCUCAAGCUACCCUGAUACUAACUGGCGCUAAAUUUUUUGGGAGUCUAUCUCUCAUUUCCUUUAACAUUUCGUUAUAACCCCCCGAACUCCUGUACAUCUUUCACGCAGGCUUUUUAAGGUGCCUUUUCCUAUUCCUUAUGUGGAUGACAUUUUUUUUCAUUCUAUUCGGUUUCUGAAAACAAGACAUCGAUUUAGUGCUGCUUGAUCUCUACGAGCACAAAUUGAACUCUAAUAUUCUAAAGGGCUUAUUUCGCCAGCACCAUGUACCCCCCAAAAUUAUUCGCAGCCUCUAGGACGACUCUAUAGUGGCCGCGUCCCUCGUCUAUAUAGAAGUGCUAACUUUCAAAGAGCAUUAUUUAUCCUUGUACAGAACACUACAUGAACGGACAGAGCAUCAUUUCUUUUAUAUUUGGUGCCGUCCGCGCCCUUCAGGAGUCUUUUCCUCAUGAAAGCCACCUAAGUUAGGCUUUGCCGUCGGUUGCAUUUGAACGACUAGUUUUAACCGAAGCAAUACUGACUGUUAUUUUGCUUGUUCUUCUGGCCUUGUUUCGGACUGCCGACUCAUUUCUCUCGUUAUUUUUCAGGUUUCCCGGACGCAUCUACGGUACCGUACAGUCUUAGCGAUAUCAAGUUGCCACCUGAGAAACCACCGCCUUCCUCUUUUCGGGGCUCUCGCACCUGCCUUCUGCCGACUCCUACUGCUCAGCUUCAGGACGAGCCUUCAUCUAUAAAAGUUGCAAAAACGGAACCACCGUCAGAUAACCCUGCUCUUGCUGUCGAGACAAAAGGAACAGAACCGUUGUUAACCACUCCCAGACGUAUCUUGCUUCCUACUGAAAUUAAACCUGAGCCGACUGAAGACAAACCGUCUCAGUCCGAAGCCUCCCGCUCUCAGAAGCGAAAGUCACGUUGGGAUACCGAGCCGUCGGGAAAAAUGGAUGCGCCCGAGCCAUUAACUGAACAAACAGUACUUGCGGACGCUAUAGCAGCUGCAAAAAGAGCUGCAGAAUUGGCCGCUGCUUCUAGAGCAAACUCAUCAGGCGAGUGCCGCCUAAGACAUUUUGUAAUUGCUUCAUGCACAUGGGUGGCCUUCCCAUUGUGUGCUAAACACUUCUGCCAGAGCAAUAGAGCUUUAAACUUACGUUUUCUCUAAAUCCUGUACUGGUGCUUGUUACCCCGUUCUACCAUAGACUUUAUUUAUAAAAUCGACCUGCCCCAGUUAUGAUUGUAUCUUUAGCCGCCACACUGCCGCCAUUACUGUUGUUGUGAUUAAUGCUGUGUUGGCUUAUAAAGCAUUCCGUCCCAAUGUUCCACCCUUAUUAGAGCUGGUCAGGUAGCGCCCUGGUUCUUUAGCUGUCGAAAUUUACGAUUUCCAAAGCCAUAAUUGGCUAUUCUAGCGUACUACUUCUGAAGUAUAAACUGUAAUAAUUGUUACUGUGCCGUUACUUACCCACAAUGCAGAACCGAUGCGGUUUUCGAACUGCGCGUGGCUGCAUAAGUACUUCUCACUUUGGGUGCUCAAAUGCCGCCGUUGUUACCACUAAACUCCCUCUUGAUUAGUAACUUUUGUUCAGAAGACGAAGAUGCGAUCACCGGAACAAGAAAUUUAUUGGCCUGACGUUUCGGAUUCUCACUCGAACCCAUCAUCAGAGUCAGUCGCAGAUAAGGGAUUCGAGUAAGAAUAUAAAACGUCAGGCCAGUAAAUUUCUCGUUCCAGUGAUCGCAUCUUCGUCUUCUGAACUGCAUCCUGGAACUCGCCUGUUCGCUUCUGUCAGUAACUUUUGUCUCAGCCUAUGACUCCGUCCACCGACUCCAUGAUCGAUCAUACCGCGUCGCGACGUGGCAUAUAAACUGUUCCGUUUGAUAAAAACCUACAAGCGCAGAGAAAGUAAUUUUAAGAGUAGGAACUUGCGUGCUACCUAAUAUGCUAUUCGUCCUCAAUAUCUUAAUCGUGCCAAUUUCGCAAGGAAGGAUUUUUGCUCAGUAAAAAAUAGCGCCCCAAAGUCGAAAGAAGGCACCUUUGUCAUUGUCGUUUGUUUGGAAGCGCCUUUGGUUGAAUAAAGGAAAAACUAUAGUUGUAUAGAUGACGUACAAAGGUUCUUUCCCACACGAUAAAGCCCUUCUGUCUUCUCCCUUUUGCAGCUUGAGUGGGUUGAGUACCUACACAGGUUGUAGGUGUAAUGCCGAAGAUCAUAUUCCAAUAAAUGCUGGUGAUAAGACAUUUCCUACAAUCAUGAUAAUGGAAAACGAAACACUUGUGACUUCGCUUCGCAAGUAACUUUAUGUUUUCGUUUCAUACUGUAUAAUACAUAUGUAGUUCUCAUUUCAUGAAUGUUUAUACUUUUCCCUGUGUCUUGUCUAAUUUAAACCUGUCACUGUAUUCGAAGUUCGGACUUCUAGCAAAAUAUCAACUAACGGUACAAACUCCUUUUUGUUAAGUUCAAGCGAUUCGCAAGUGUUCUCAGUAUAUAAACGUCGAAACUCAAAAUUUAGCAUCAAGGCCGUCCGAUUAGAUAGCACUCAUGUUUUUACCUGGGACAAUUUCCUACUCACGCUCCCUGAUCGUUUCAUUCUGACGUAAGAAAACGGGGAAGCACGGUUGCGAUGAAUGUUUACAUCUAGUGUAAUAUUUCGCACGCGGGUAACAGCGCUUUUUUCAAUUUUAGGCCUUCCUAUCACACAAAAUCCCAAUGCCCUUCAAGCCAAACAAUUCACUGGCGGGUCGGCACUGAGCGCGGACCAGGCAUAUCAAAUCCAGUACCAGAAGGAGGUAAAUUAAUGCAAAGAAACACGGAACCGUCUAACUGACAAGUAGUCCAGACUCUUGACAUAUCCCAGCACUCGAGCGUGUUUCGUUAGGCCGACUUAAUUCUUGACUUAAAAGUUUCAGUGGGUGGCGAGACCCAUGAAGUUUCCGAAACUUCACGGAAGAUGGCCAAUAGCUCGGGAACUGUUGUCGGUCCGGAGUCGACUUGUGGAUUGCAGGAGAAAAUUGAUGUCGAGAUUAUUUCUGAACUAGUUUCGCAACCCCUGCUUGCUUCCGCACCUUAUUCUAUUUUAAAUACGCCAUGGAGUAGUCGUUUAGAAACUAGAAGACUUCUCGAACCACUUGCACAGUAUCUUUCUGUUUCUGGACUACUGCUAAUCCGGCCAAAAAAGUCUAGCAUAACUUACAGCCAUCAUCUAGUGGCCUCGCACACCGUAACAAGGUUAUUUCUAGAAAACGCGUCUGUGAUUAGGAACUGCCGGUAUAGCAAAACGGCAGUUUGCCUACGGAUCUAAUACUUAAGUAUAGGUCGAGCUAUUUCGCAUACAAACUUGCAAGUUGGAGUUUUUACUGCGAAAACAUCACUACCGCGUUUGUAAACAAGUGCGUCAAGGAGUUUGUCCGGUAUGAUUUACGCAGGCAUAAGAAUCAAUUUUAAGGUCCGCAAAACAAUCUCAAUAAUUACUAGUCUAGAAGACCACCUGAAGUUGCAAUUACUUAUUUCAUCGAAAUUUGCUCUGUUUUACCUAAAUAAAACGAAGGUAUCGUAGGACAGAAAUCCCCACUCAUCGUCAUAUGCAAAGUGCUCUCCAACUGACUGUAUGGGUAUCCGUUACCAUAUUAAAUCUACUUUGACACUCACAGUAUCUAACAAUUUGCAUUGAGAGCAGUAGGAGGGGGGGGGGGGUAAUUCCUGAAUCAUGGCGUUGCCUUUUUAGACAUGAUACCGCACCAAUUAAUUGUACGCAAAGGAAAUCGAUCUCGCUAAGAUGCCACGAGGCCUAGAGCUUGGUACAGCAAUUAUAAAUGUUUUGUCGCGCACGAACAAGGGUUCGCACUAAACUCACAGGUGCCUCGUUUGUGUUACCUCCCUAAUGGGUUGGCCUACUCUCCUUUUCGUCGGCCUACUUGGGAAGUCGGAUUAAAUGACGACGAAAGUCACCUCUUUCUCAAGAGUGUUAGUCGACAAGUCUCGUUGGUGAUAAUAAUACUCAUUGGGAUAAACCGUCAGGCUUGAUUUUCAGUGGUUUAUGCUUGGUCAGGAUACAGUCCUCUUCAUUUUAAAUCACACACGAAGGGGCAGGUUUCCAAAAUCAUUUCUUCUUUGUCGACCGCAUCCCCCCUCUCUAUAGAUUACCCCUCCUAAGUAUAUUCACUGCUUGCCAUUCUCAAGCCUCAGUCUGGACGGGGCUCCUUCUUCCCGACCGAACCUGUCUGUCUCGCCUGCUUCUGUGCGCCCCUCGCUGUGCCAGACCAAGUCAGCAUAGUAGGCAGUCAUGAGCUCAUUGGCAAGUCGUAUGUCAGGAGCCAUGUACCUGCGUAGUUUUCUAGGGUUUGUAAGGUAGCUUUCAAAAAGCCGACAUUCGAUUCCACCUUUUAGAAACUUCUUAACGGCAUUCGCACAUCACUCGCAGCAUUGGCGGCCGUUAUUUUUGGGCUCCAGGCCUUCCUUAGUUCAGAAUUACCUCCCAAGAUACCAGGUUAUUGGACCUUUAGGUCCUAAAAAGUUGACUUGACCUACAGACGCCCUUUGGAAGGCUUCCGUCUGUCAAAAUGUUCUAGAACUUUAUUUACCCCAGCUUUGUUUUAAGUUAAACCCUUGCUUUUUUCAGCUUCAAGCUAUGCACGAAUUUAUUCUGGCCCAGCAGAAAUUAAAAUUCCAGGAACAGCAGUUGAUGGAGUCCAUAGCAGGGGUUAAUUAUUCAAAAAAACCCAAAUAUACUCCCGACGGUCUACUGAUCAAGUACGAGUACGACUCAGACGAAGACUGUGAGGGAGGAACUUGGGAGCACAAACUUCGGGCUGCGGAAAUGGAGGCAACUAAAGGUUGGUUAAUGACAUCAUUAUGUCCGUUUUGUUAGCAAAAAUCUUCCAAAAUACUGUCAUCUUCCAACGACCUGCCUCGAAACUUAUCCUGCUGAUUGAAGAAUUGUUUUAGACUCAGAAUUAUAAGCUGGUUUUCUACCCCUAAACCUGCCAUGCCUUCGGGCAGAAACGACUUCUGAUGCUAUAGAAUUCACACCACAGGUGCAUACUUCGUCGGCUGUUUGCCUGGCUCUGUUUCGACCUCAAGGCUAGCCUAUACGGAUUUCCACCACCUGCCGAGUAUGGGGUUUAUCCGCCAAAUUAUGUAACAGGCACGUUUCGCUAGAGUAGUUUAUUGAAUUUUUGGGGUAUGCUAUUUACUGUGCGCCGUAUGCUUAUCCCAGCCCUUGACCUUCCUGGCUGCCUCAUCCUCUAAAAUGGCACAUUUUGUUCCAAAAAAUGGGGGCGAGCUUUUGUCAGCUGAGCAUAUCUGCCACACUGAUUUGCGCUGCACAAACGAGAACGCACUCAGUUCAGACUGGUCGUAUGUCGAACUGGUUUAGCACAACUAGUACCCGGGAUGUAUUACCGACUUGUGUGUAACUUGUAGUAAGUGAACCUCACGCGGCAUGGGGUCUGACUCCGUUAUCAUCGCUUUUCGAUGGUAAAACUUAGUCAGUACGACUGGAGAGGUUUGCCCCGUCUUUCCUGGGUGACAUACCUGCCUCAGCUUUAACUGAGGUGCACCAUACUUCACUCUCACGGACAUAUCAACGGGAGUUCCAUAAGAGCACAUGAGGGAGCUAUCGCGGCCCGACUAUGAAUCCCAGGACUGAUUGUCCCGCCGGUUUGCGAUUUUCGGACCUUCGACGCCUAAGGCUCAAAUACACGUCUGACGAUUAGGUACGGGAGACUCUACCAACUCCAGGUUCCUUUGAGACGGGGGUAUUGUAACCGGUCGUCCUAAGAAGUCUUAUGCACACUGAAAGCUCACGUAAGGCUUUUUUUAAUACUUUUGCGUUUUACUCAUUUUUGUUCUUGCCUUGCUCAGAGUGGGCGGAAAAGUUAACAGAAAUGGGUCAAGGUAAACAUCAUAUUGGAGACUUUCUUCCUCCGGACGAAUUGGAACGGUUCAUGGAGACGUAUCGUGUAAGUUUUCAUACGGUCUAAUUAGUGCCUUGUUUCCCCCUCUCUAGUAAGCUGCUUCACCACCUGCUUGUUUAGACGAAUGAAAGUAGCCCCGUAUACAUUCCCAAGUUCGGUUAAAGUGCUGCGGGAUCGACAAAGCCAUGACUGAGUUGAUUUUAUGGGAUAGGUGCUGACGCUUAUGCUGUCCUUCAUGCCUACGGAUGUCCUUUACUGUCUAAUUUGAUCAAUAGUGGUUAUCCACAAAAAGAACUUACUAUCAGGAGAACGGGUGUACUGAAUUACUUGGGAGUGUGUGCGUGUAUAUGGGAUGACUGACCGGAGGACUGAGAGUUAGACUCAAUUACUCCCUCUUAAUGUGGCCUUUACGACACACGCAUGUGAGACCCCAGUCGCCCUCUGUGACAGCCUGGUGCAUUUUUCGGGGACCAGCUCGUGUGUGGCACACGCAGUCAGGCACGCUAGUUCAGUCAGCCGCCGUGCGCAUUGCCCGCCUCAGACAACUGGCCGACUUUAAGCAGAGGUGAAAGUAGCCCUCUACUUAUGGACAAGCGUAUCUCAUUAUUCCGGAUGUGGCGACAUGGACAUAUCCUUCAAGACGCAACCGUUGUUCACCUAUACAAACGAAAAGGGAAUCGAAAGAUCUGCGACGAUCAUCGUGGAAUCUCCUUUUUUAUUAUCAACUGUAAACUGUUUAUCUACAUUCUCCCUAACCCUUUGACUGUACAUCUUGAACACCAACGUGGAUUCUGGAAGCAUCGGGGAAAGAACCGAUGUAAUUUUUGCAGUUCGAUAAUUGUAGGAAAAGUACAAACAAGUGGGAAUCAGCGUCUCUGUUACCAGGGCUUUUAAUACCGGGAAUACUGCAGUUGUGGUUAAAGCAGCUAUCAAAGAAGCUGAAUGGCUACUUUGGACGCAAAUAGCUGAGCACACAACGACAGUGAGGAGAGACGAACUCGAGUGCCAAGUUUCGGAUCAUCUGACGGGGCCCGGCAACACGUUCAUGGUUAACGAGACUGAAAUCCUCUCGAGAAGUGACAAUCGCGUAAGCCGCGAUCUACUUGAGUCAUAGUUCUCCGCCAACUUAGCUGCUGGCCACCCAGGAGCCUCUACAGGUGACAGAUAGUGGAACGGCCUUCGACAAAGGUUAGCUGCGAAAUAAGCAGACUCUUUAAUCUGCCGAAUAAGCAGUUCCGAACCAGCAUCGUCAAUGCUAUUAAGGUGCGUAGGGGUGAGGUCUGGCACGCCGACUACAUUAUAAAAUUCCGCAAAGCCCGAUGACGGCACCGGGAUACGGAGGCUGUGAACCACCAUUAAAUGAGUUAGCUGGCCGCUGCUGCCGUGUAUUUGGGUUUUUGAGCCAAAGCGCUCGAGAGGACAACCUUGAACAAACAAUCUGGCGGUUGCGGACCCGCCUGUACUGACAAUUCCCAAGAAACCUCGUGAAAAUGUCCGAUUGCAAUAAUACGAUCCAUGCUACGGCCUCCCGCGACAACCGAUGGGCUCCGCAAGACUGGUCCAAUAGCCGGGCGAAUAGCAUGCAGGCUGGACUACUUCAUUGCUAGCUGACUCCUGAUAUUAGAUGCUGGAAUUUGCGAACGUUCCUGGACUCUGUUACCCACUGUCCGACACCGCGCGGUCAUCAGUAAAACGUGGAUGUCUGCUGUCCGUCCGGAGCUCGAAUCUCCGACUCAGGCGCUUAAAAAAUUAAGAUUCCGGAAGUCGACUCCCACUUCAUCUUGUACCACGGCGGCGCAUGCGACUCUUCCGGUAGACAUGGUGUGGCCAUCGUCCUCUUGCAACAAGCGAGCCAUCUAUUACUUGCAUGAGAACCAGCCGGUGACCGGAUGGCUUACGUGCAACUGAAGGGUCACUCUACGAACAUUUCUGUCGUCCCCAUGUACGCAUCAGCAUCAACUGCCGACUAAAGAGAUAAAGAGACCUAUCAGCUGCAAGAGUUAGUUGAACGACUCCUUUGUGGUCUGCUGCUUGCUUCUAGGGACUGGAAUAGCCGUCCCGGCGGCCCUUCGAACUGACCGUAUUGGCCGCUUUGGGCUUGGAUUUAGAUUCGACAAUUGUGGGAGAAUGCUGAAUUUUGCUGAUCAGAACGGCUGUUUGUCACGAAAACAGGCUUCCAGCAUCGGCACAAACGCCAGGCCUGGUAUUCAGAUGAAGGCCAGUCAUAUCGACUACGUUCUAGUUACCCCAAUGUUCCGUAGCUGGGUCCACGAUAGCAGAUCGAUGCGUGGUGCCGAAAAUGGUACGCCCAUGGAUCAGACCAUGUUUUCGUUCGCACACACCUCAAAGUUCACCUUUCAUCUGCACCUAAAGUGCCACGUUCAAGACGCCUUGAUGUGUCAAAACUUCGACACCUCAGCAUCGCCGAGGCACUGAGCACAGAAGUCCGACCCUGUUUUCCGAUCCAAGCCGACGAAGAAGACUGGGGCCAGUAGUGAUCAUUGAAGUCAUCAGUCUAUGGGACUGCUGAAAAGAUUCUUGGAUUCACCCAUCGGAUCCGCAUUGACUGGAUCAGCAGAAAAACCCUACAGUUGUCUGCCCAGACGGCCAGAGACGAUGUUUCCUUCCGCUACUUCCCUAAAGUGACACCAAAGUCGGCUGGAGAUGACCGGCAAAAAUAUUGGGCUGCAUCAGCGACCUCCAUAGAGCAGGCCUCAAACGUUGGUGAAAUUCGAAAACUCUACCAAAUUGUCCGCCAAGUUAUUUGUAUGCCGUUUGCACUGAAUGACUUCGUGGGAUGCAUCGGCCAAAAUCGAUAGCCAGCGUGAGCACUUGGGGCAUCUUCUCAGCUAUGAUGAGCAACCCACCAAACCGCCCCUCUCCUCCACAGCGGUUUUAUCUCCAUCCUAUGCAAUGUUAUGUGCCCCCCCCUUCAGAGGACAAAGGCCGAUGCAAUUCAGAGGCUGCACAGCAACAGAGCGCCCGGAGAGGAUGGUAUUCGCGCUGAAAUCUGCAAAUCUUGUGUUGACACCCUGGCGCCCCGGCUUCAUGAGGUGACUGAGCAAGCGUGAAGAGAUGUGGUCGCUCCUAAUUACUGAACUUCGGGCAUCCUUGUACCCGCUUUCAGAGUGCGAGAUUAGUCAGAUCGCGAGGGCUACCGCGGCAUAUAAGCCUCAUCGACGUUGCUGUGAAGGUUGCUUCUGUCGUCCUCAGGCGAUUUCGAGGCUUUGCGUCACGCUAGGACGAGACAAAACCUAGCCGGUCCCACGUUAGGCGUGAAUACGCGAACCAAAUAUUCACACCGUGACGCUCCUUGAAUUCCACCAUGGUUACCAAUGAUCAACGACUACCUACUUUGUUGAUUUCGCCGCUGCGUCCGAUUCCGUUCGUAGUGAGUCCCUGUGGCGGACAGUGAGGGUAGAUGAUGUGCCUGCCACCAUUGCUCCACCAUUGCGCGGGCCCGGGUCCAUUUCAGUCCGCCCCGAUCAUUCAAUAUCCGAUCUAGUGUUCGACAAGGCUGUAUCCUGUCGCCCAUCCUGUUCAACUACACGAUUCACUGGAUUCUUGAAGGGGUCUCACGUGGUUAUGACGGCGUUGAGUUUGCACCCGGACACCGACUGACUGAUAUCGACUAUGCCGAUGACAUCGCCUUUUAGCCUCAAGCUUUGGUGCUCUGCAUUCUGGUGUUGCUUGCGAAUGGAGUCUCGAGAUCUGUCGGUUCCCCAGAAACGCUGGGACGACCACUGUCUUUUCGAGAUACAUCCCUGACCAGGACAAGGCGCACCUUGGGAUUAGUAGCCGUCAACGUGAAGACGUAGACAGUUUCAAGUACCCCUGGCUGAGGCUGCUGCCGAAUGGACAGAGUAAGGGCGACGUCAUCUUCCGAAUCUAUGCUUCUCGCAGGGGUUUCCCUGUCGUUGGAAAGUGUCUGCGGACCCCCCACGACAUCUCCAUCGUCACGAAGAUCCGCGUGUGCCAUGCAUCCGUCCGAUCAGUUCUCUAUGGUUGCGAAUGCUGAGCUGUGCCCUUGGAAGAUGAGCGAAAGCUGGAGGUAUUUGACCACCACUGUUUGAGGGCUACUCAGUAUGACGUGCACCGACUUCGUCUCAAAUGAGACAGCCCGCACUCUCUGCGACAACAUUGCAGGUAUAUUUAAGUCUCUCUAAGAAAGACGACUUAGGUGGUUUUGGCACGUUUUUUGUCGUCCGCCUCGCGAGCUGUUUAUUGCUGCCCUCGGCCUGGUGCCGUCGCCAACUUGGAGUCGUCGAAGGCGAGGCUAACUGAAGAGCGGACCCAACACAUUUCGUCAAAACAUUGAGGCGAUUCCUGGACCUUCGGUAUUCAGUCCCCGUCGCCAGUGAAGAGAAUGGGUCGAGCUAUCCAGAUCCGCUGCCGCGGAUCGUCACGCGUGGAGAGGUACAAUCCGUGACGUCAUCGAGGCCAGCUAGACCAGGUGUGAUUACAGUUAAAAGCCGAACGAUACUCUCUCUUCAAGCUUUCGCUAAGGAAAAGACGCAAUUUGUUACCAAAUGAGUACAAGAAAAAUAUCUUUGUGCACGUUUCCUAUGAAGUAUAAUGAAAUGUAUAGGAGCAUCGAAAAUCAGUUGGGAGGUUUCAUACUACUUAUGUGGCCGUUUUACGGUGUAGAUUUUGCAGACAGCCAUGGAGUUGCUUAUUCGAAAACCGACAUUCUGUCGUGAAUAAAAUAUCUUAGGAUUAUGCUGCACGAUAGGUAAUAUUACAACCCUACUUAAGUAAUCUUUUCGAAUCGAAAGCAUUUCAGCACUUCGGUUAACAUUUCAUGAGAUAGCACAUUUACUUUGCCUACUUGUAUUUGCUAUAACUGUGAUCGCUCCUGGUCUAGCUGGCCUCGAUGACGUCACGGAUUGUAUGCUCGUAUGCUGUGCCAGCUCCAUAACACUGUUUCUCAUUCCCCUUAAAUUUUAGGCUCUAAAGGAAGGCCGUGAACCCGACUACUCAGAUUACAAAAACUUCAAGCUGACCUGCGAGAAUGUCGGCUAUCAGAUGCUGGAGAAGAUGGGUUGGAAAGAGGGCGAGGGUCUGGGUGCCGCCGGGCAAGGUAUAAUCAAUCCCGUUGGCAAGUAAGUAGCACCUACUCGCUUACAAGCUGUCUGUCUCGGCGUAGCAACAGAACUACAGCUAUGCCUUGUCCAUCAUCUCUACGUGUUCUGGUUUUUGUGUUCUGUUAUCUUAUUUUGUUCAUAGCCCUCGCCUAACACAUUGAGUUCUUCACCGCUAGCCUGUAUAUCUUUCGUUUUUUCCAGGGGCAAUGUUUUUAUCGACGGUGUCGGCCUGGGUGUUGAGAGACCGGCCAACCUGAAACAGGACGACGACGAAUAUGAUGCCUACAGGAAGCGAAUGAUGCUUGCCUACCGCUUUCGUCCUAAUCCUCUGGUUGUUAUCACUGUUCUGCUCUGUUGUUUUUUUUUUCUCUCUCUCUCUCUCCCUGUUUGCCCUCCUUGUGUGUUGAUAUGUGGGCGCAAAGUUGUUUUUAUUGCGCAGGUAAUCUCUUCGUCCAGUCGGUUACCACUGGUUAGUAAUUGGCGAUUGCCGCUGAACGCUUGUGUAGGGUUCCAGGUCGAACUUCUCUAGCAAAGCAUUGUCAAUGGUAUUCUGUCCCAAAUGCUGGGACACCACUCCUGGAUGAAUUUGAAUAUUCUCGGUCGCAGCUACUAGGACGCAAACCAUGACUCAGGGGUACAGUAUGUGACUUAAUACUCAGUAACCCAAGGUCACCAAGUUUUUCUGACCUGACGGCGACUACGACAAGAAAGUCAAAAGAGUCAUUCCAGUCUCCGUUGUCUUUGCGGGUAGCGCUUCUUAAAGGCUUCUUCCUGAGCUCCUUUCUAUUCAUAACGUUAGCAUUGACGUGAAAAUACAGAUGUUAAUAAUCGCUAGAAUACCAUGGAUGGGUGGUUGAAGCAUGCGGGUAAUGUGAUAGGGCAAAUUACCUAUGCUAGGGCUGACGCAGGAGUUCCAUUGAACGCCUGGUCUGGUGAAUAUUCUACCCAAUGUUUUGUAAGCCCUUACCACCCCGGUCGGCCAACCAAUUCCGUUCAACUCUGCCUUGCCUGAAAAAACAGGGUAUACUAAUGGGGUCCGGUAUGCAAAAUGUGUUAAAAUAAUGGGGUUACAAAUGCGAAUGGUCAUGUGGGAGUCGGAAAUUUCAGCUUAUUGCCCCGAUGCCCACAAAACGCAGGUAUGGGGGGAGGCCGGUCUGCUAAUGCCCACCUUUAGAGACUGCAGUUAUGAAGACACUGGUGAAGGUCUCGGGAUGCUUUCUUGCAUGUCAGUCGGACCUAAUCCGUGGGUCAUUUGCGCGUCGUAGAUGUGCGCGUUUGUGCCUGCGAGCACAGGCAGAAUUCUGAGGUAUGGCUCACGCAAGAUGGCGGGAAACACCUACCGUCUCGAUCUUCCCCUAUUCUUACCUGUCUGCCCCUGUCGUCCUUUUCUUGUUCGCCCUUCAGUCUAGUGGUUCCCACCAUUCUAUCCAGAGUUUGCUGUUGGAAACCCAAUUGAUAGUUAUGCGCUUAUGGCAAGGUGCAUCUUGAUCUGUUCUUCUUUUAAGUCAACAAACUUUCCGAAUAUCAUUUUUUGGAUGUUCCUUACGAUUAUCAUGUCUAGACGGGUGCUUUUAACCGGCUUUAAACUUAUAUUAUGGUUUUCCGUCGGCUGAAAGAGAUGCGUUUGCUCAGUUCUUAUUUUUCCAUCCUCAAAACAAGUAGCGUAAAAAUGCGGCUACUGAUCAUGUCGAGUCGUUCUUUUAUCGCAACGGCUUACAGAUAAAUCAUGAAGGGACGGCCAAUUCGGCCGAAUGCUACUGAAUUUCGCGGCUAUUGAGUCAUUUCUAAGUUAUUAUAGGCCAGUCACCCAGCUAAAUGGUUAUGGACGCCAUAUAAAUAACCUAUCCCAUCAGACAAGACCGAUUACGCAGUUGUCACGCUUGUUUGUUGUCGAUGUUUGUUUUCAUUCCCUAAGGUACUAUUCCUACAGCUCCCUUGGAUUCCAGUACUUUUAUUCCCACUUUUCUCGUCCUUUUAGAACAACCCGAGGCGAGACUACUACUAG